AUGAGGCCAAAAUUUAGUGCUAUAUGGACGUAUUUUAGUGAAGUGGACGCUGAUACUGUUAGAUGUAAAAUAUGUGACCAAACAUAUUCAAGGAAAGGGCGCGGGACUUCGGGAUUAAGAAGUUAUCUCAAGUCACGCCAUGAAGUAGAAUAUGCCGAGUAUGAACAAAAGAAUACAGCAUUAAAAAAAGCCGCGGUUGAUAAACGCAAAUUGUCGGAAGAGACUCCUCUUCAACAGGCUAAGAGACAAGUAACUUUACAGGAGGCAUUACAAAGACAUCAGUAUUGGGAUACAUCUCACGAAAAAAGUUGCGAACUGGAUAAUUUAAUUUGCGAAAUGUUAGCUUUUCAAGAUUUACCAUUUAAUUUUGUUGAAGGAAUUGGCUUUAGACGGUUGAUUCAUGCUGUUCAGCCAAAAUAUAAUUUAAGAGGACGUCAAAGUUACACAUCUCAUUUGUGUAAUUAUAUUUAUCCUAAAUUAAGGAACAAGGUCAAAAACUUAAUUAAAGAUUUGCAAUACUUAUCUUUCACCGCUGAUAUAUGGACUGAACCAGGAGCAGGAGUUUCGUUGCUGAGUUUUACAAUUCAUGGUAUCAACAAUGACUUUCAAAGAGUAUCUUUAUUUCUUAAAUGUGUCCCACUCGAGGAACGACAUACGGGCGAUGUGAUAGCACAAAAGUUGGAUGAAAUACGAGAGGAAUGGAAGAUUCCCCGUCAAAAAAUACAUAUCAUGGUUCGCGAUGGUGGUUCUAACAUGAAAAGAGCGGCCCGCGUGUCACAGAUUAACGACAUUGAUUGCAAUAUACAUCAAUUGCAAUUGUGCAUACGUGCGGCCUUGGCGAUUGGUGAAUAUAUUUCGUCCUUGUUGGCAAAAUGUAAGCAAAUCGCGACACAUUUUAACCACUCAAUAAUUGCCCAAAGCGAAUUAAAAGGUUUUCAAGAACGUCUGGGUCUGCCUCUGCUUUCAGUUAUUCAAGACUGUCCUACAAGAUGGAAUAGUAUGUUUAAUAUGAUUCAACGUCUAAUUGAAAUAAAGGAUGCCAUAGUACUUUAUACCUCACAACAUACAAAUUUGCCGCAGUUUACUCCAAACGAUUGGCUACAACUUGAGAGCUGUGCAACAAUCCUUAAGCCAUUUGAAGAGGCCACCAAGACCAUGAGUGGUUCCGAAGCCUUCAUCCGUGAUCCCUCUAAUCCAUGUCUUGAUCUGCACAUUGCAGAAUCUAUUGAGACAGAAUAUAAAUAA